GACCACUAAAAAAAAAAAUCAAAUAUAAAACCUUGGAGUUUUCUCUGCAACACAAAUUUUUUUUCUGCCAUGAAAAGCUAAAACCUUCUUUUGGGGAUUAAAAUUCAAUUAUUGUAAAAGGGCUAUGGCUUUUCUUCUUCCAAAUCUCUCGCAAUCUCUUCUCCUUCAACCCAAUAAAUCCUCCAGAGACAAACCCAUUACUCUACCCCCUUCUACUAAUCACACUCUCAAUCCUAUCACCGACUCUCCCUCUCCUCUUCCUCUCACCACCGUUCAGUCCCCUCCUCUCCAGGGUACGCAGCUUAACGCCCCUUCUAGCAAACCAGAUAAGCGCCAACACCAGAAAGAUGACUUCUACGUGAACCUCGGCAUAGCAGUACGGACGCUUCGAGAAGAUUUGCCGUUUCUCUUUACCCGAGACCUCAAUUAUGAUAUUUACAGGGAUGAUGUAACAUUCGUGGACCCCUUGAAUACAUUUACUGGUAUUGAAAACUACAAAUUGAUCUUCUGGGCAUUGAGAUUUCAUGGGAAGAUACUGUUUAGAGAGAUUUCUCUAGAGGUCUAUAGGAUUUGGCAACCAUCAGAAAACGUUAUAUUGAUUAGGUGGAAUUUAAAGGGUAUCCCUAGAGUCCCAUGGGAGGCUAAGGGGCAGUUUCAGGGUACUUCAAGGUAUAAAUUGGACCGAAAUGGAAAAAUUUAUGAACACAAAGUUGAUAAUUUGGCCUUCAAUUUUCCUCAGUCACUUAAACCGGCUGCUACGGUUUUGGAUUUUGUGAGUGCUUGCCCUGCAAGUCCUAAUCCAACGUUUUUGUUGGGGCCUGUGGAUGUUCACUCAUCUUCCUGGGUGGAGUUUUAUAGGGCAGUGAGGGAGACAUUGGAUCAACAAGGGUAUAUGCUUGUGCAUGAUGGGUUGGCUAGCUGUUCAUAGGUUAGUGAGCUGCGACACUAGUAUUGUAUACCAUCAAAAUUUUAUCAAAUACAUCUUGUGUUACCUCAUUGAACAUAGUACAAUUUAUCGAUAAGUAGAAAAUAAUGGAUUUAGUUGAAUGCACAUAGGGCAGGGUUGCUGGGAAGUCCAAUAUUAUUUCUUGUGUUGAUGUGAAGGGACAGAACCUUAGAAUUUACACGAGCUGGAUAUGUAUGUAUAAUACUGAAUAUGGCUUAAAAGUAGAUUUUAUUUCGUAUAAAGAAAAAUGAACCUCUCAAUUUUGUUUUAACCCUAUUUUCUCUUUAGAAGAGUUGGGAAUUUUGGUCUUACAUUUUAUAUUAAUGUUACAAUGGUUUUGGCAUGGGAAGCUUGUGAGGAGAAAAAUCAUGUAAUACUAUUUCCAUUUCCAAGUUCGAAAGCAAGAAAGUGUUUGCUUCAGUAGUAA